GAUUUCCAGAUGCGAUAGGCGACGGCGAGUGACAACCCCGCUAAACCAGUCCCAACCGUCACAAUGCCUCACAAACCGCCCACAAAAGAAGAGCUCGACAGGCGAAAGAUCAUCGGUAUUCACGAGGAAACCAUAACCAACGUCACAUCAAGCGAUAUUCCCUACCACUACCCUGGCGAGGACCACUCCUGGGACAUUGAGAAAUUCCGCAAGGGAUUCAGCGUUGAAUUCCACCAGAACGACCCCUAUGAAGCAUCCUUCUCGCUCAUCGGCUGCGAUGCCUCGAUCGCAAACGCCUUCCGGCGCAUCAUGAUCGCCGACAUCCCGACCCUCGCCAUCGAGACCGUCUUCAUCAACAACAACACAUCCGUCAUUCAAGACGAGGUGCUCGCGCACCGGCUAGGUCUGAUUCCAUUCAAGGGCGGCCGCGAGGGCCUGCACAAUUUUCUCAAGUGGUGGCGGAAACCAGCCGACGAGUCGCAGAUCAACAGCAGCUACUACGACUUCAACACCGUCUCCCUGCGGCUCGACGUCAAAUGCGAGCACAAUGAAAACGCCACGCCCGGCGAGAAGGACCCGACCAAGCUUUACAAGCACGCCCACGUCUACGCGCGCGACAUUGAGUUCUGCCCCGUGGGGCGGCAGGAAAAGUACUUUUCGGGCGCCGACGCCAUCGCGCCCGUCAACCCGGACAUUUUGAUCGCCAAGCUGCGGCCGGGCCAGGAGAUCAGCCUGUCGAUGCACAUGCACAAGGGCGUGGGGUCGGACCACGCCAAAUUCUCGCCCGUCGCCACCGCCUCGUACCGGCUCAUGCCCGUCAUCAGCAUCGAGCGCCCCAUCUUGGGCAAGGACGCCGAGAAGUUCGCCCGCUGCUUCCCGCCGGGUGUUAUUGGGCUUGAAAAGGUGACCAAGAAGGAGGCGGCGCAAAAGGGCAGCGGCUACGAGGGCCACGAGGGCGAGCUCAAGGCCGUGGUUGUUGAUCCCAUGCGCGACACGGUCAGCCGUGAGUGUUUGCGGCAUCCCGAGUUCAAGGAUAAGGUCAAGCUCGGCCGGAGGAGGGACCAUUUUAUUUUUCUGGUUGAGAGUACCGGCCAGUGGGAAAGUGACGCCAUCUUUAUUGAGGCUGUUGCUCAUUUGAAGAAGAAGGCCAAGGAUCUAGAGAAGCAGGUCAUCAACAUGGUCAGGUAGAGAGAAAUUGUCUUGAUGGUCGGGAAAUACCCCUUUCUCUCUGUACAUACAUCUUAGACUCGGUGGGCAUGGCGUCACGGCGCGGAUUUAAAAAGGGGUUGGUUUGGCCGUUAGUCAUUCAGUUCCCUUGCACAUCUGCCAUAAUCGUCAACGGGAUUCUGACUGCACCGUGCACCCAGGCCUCCCGUAUCACCUGAGUAUAAUAUCUUAUAGGAAUGCCGUUAGCAGACCCAGAGAUCUCUUGUAUUCAGAAGCCUGGUUGUAUCAUGCCGCUAAUGUACC